UGCCUGGCCCCGAGGAUGCGGGAGAGCAGCUGGUACAGGGCACAGGGGCUUCCUGUUGCUACCGUGGCGGCAGCGAAGAGGUUAUUUCCCUAGCCCAGCCGGGGGGAUAAAUUGAGGGUGUGAGGCGUCCCCACUCUCAGGAUCUGCCCGUCACAAUGGCCCCAGGAAGAGUCCUGCUCUGCUCUCUGCUGCUCCUGUCACUGCAGCUGGGCCUUAGCGGGGACCCUGGUGCUUGGGGGGCUCCGGUGGUGGAGGAAGAGCCACGAGGGACCCUGAGGCCACAGCUAGGUGCCCGCCUGCGCCGAGCCCUGGCUGCCCCAUGCCAGCUAUGGAGCCUGCCCCUACCUGUGGCCGAGCUGGGGCUGGGCUACGCCUCCGAGGAGACGGUCAUCUUCCGCUACUGCGCGGGCAGCUGUCCCCGCGGCGCCCGCACCCAGCACGGCCUGACGCUGGCCCGGCUGCGGGGCCAGGGCAGAGCCCACGGCGGGCCCUGCUGCCGGCCCACCCGCUACGCCGACCGGCUGCCCCAGCUCUCGGCGGCUGCCUGCGGCUGCGGUGGCUAA